CGAUCAACUUUUUAACCGACAUAAGCUUGUCCCGUCGAUAUCGCAUUCAAAAACGACUAAAUUAAGAUAAUUUAAAAAUUAUUUUUAAGUUCCAUUCAAUUAACAGUUCAGAAACCUUAAUAAUUAACAUAUGAAAUCUAGAUAAUAUUAAGAAAUAAACAUUAAAACUAUGGUAACUCAGCAUACGACUUCUUACCUUCCAUACAAAUUACAGCUGUCCCCAGAGCGAGGUGGCUAUAUGUAAUUUCAAAUGUUAGAAAAAUUUUCCUUUAAAAGUAUUCAAGUCUGCUAAUAAAUUGCUUAUAAAUUAAACAAGGUUUAGUUUGUACUUUGUAAAAUAUAAAAAUAUGUUAUGAUUUUAAAGAAAAAAGUCCCUAAAACUGUGUCCCGAAUUCAGCCCAUUUUGUAGUGUAUGCAGAGUUACCGCGUAAAAAAUAAACAAACAUUAUGCUACACGUCACAAAUUUCUAAUGAAGAACGGCGGUACAACCUUUGUACUUGGCCGCGCGGCGGCGAGCCUUUGAUUCCAUCCGCCGCGCGGCCAGUCCGCGACAAGCUAUCGAGGAGUGCGCGUGUGUUUAUUCAGUGUCGGCGGAGUUACCGGAUUAUUUCGAUGAACAGAUUGUAAACUCACUAAUAAUGGCAUUAACGGCGGCCGAAAAGCAGAAAAGGUACCGUGAAAAAUUAAAAAAAAAUCCCGAAAAAUAUGAGGAGGCGAAACGAAAGCACCGUGAACUUUAUCAUAAAUCUAAAAGACUUGUCAAAGAUUUAACGCCCAAAGAAAAGAGAAACGCUAAUAUUAUCUGGAAACUACGCCAACGGGCAUACCGCAAAAAACCGAAGUCUUUACAAAAUGUUUUGAACGUCACACCUCCGAGUUCACCAGCUUCUAGUGUUCAUAUAUUUGAGGGUCAGCAGACGCCACCUUUAUCUCCUGCACCGGAUUCACCACAUGUUAGGGGAAGAAAGAAAGUUAGAAAAGAUAGAAGCAAACUUUAUAGGGAAAAUGUUGUUAUGAAAAUAGAAAUCGAGAAGUUAAAGAGAACUGUUGAAAAGUAUAAGAAAAGAGCGCAACGAGUAAAUUUAAAUGAAAACGUUGAAGAGAACAUACUGCAUGAUAAAUACAAAAUUUUGGCUUCAAGUAUUAAACAUAGAUACCAUGAGACGAAAGAUCGUAAAGGAAAGACAAUUUUGAAAAACAUUUUGAAUACGGAGCAAAUAGAAGAGUCCAGAAGUAAGACACAAUUAUUUAAAGAUGUUCUAGGAGUCAACAGAAAAUACAACUCCAAAAAACAAAAAACUACCAACUCUGAUUCGCUGAAAGAAAAAAUACAGAACUUUUUUCUACGGGAUGAUAUUACAAGAGCUACAGCAGGUAAGAAAGAAACAGUCACCAAACAUGGAGAGAAAGUUCAAAAAAGAUAUCUUCUUGAAACACAACGUAAUCUAUAUAACAUUUUCAAGGCGGAAAAUCCGGAUCUUCCAUGUUCUUACUAUUACUUUACGAAAAAUCGACCAUUUUACGUCGUUAAACCAUCCGUUGAUGCAAGAGAAAUGUGUUUGUGUAAAAAACACUCUAAUUUCUCAUAUAAAGCUGAAGCUCUUAAACAUUUACAUCACAUUUUUUGAUUAAUGAUGAAAACUUAAGCAAUA